CCGCGCUUCGCCUUGGUAAAACCCUCUGUACCGCCCGUCCAUCCGUUCGACCCAGGGAGUGUGCGUGGACUGCUAAAGCGUUGUCCCAUUCUUUGGUUGCGACGUGCACAUCACUCCUGAAAACGGCAGUCUACAGAAAGGGUCUCUUGGCGGGUCAGAUUCACCGUUUAGUUCAUAGAUUGCUGUGCUCGACAGGGUUGUUUAUUUAUCGAGCUCGUUUUAUCUGUGGAUUCCAUCUAGACAGCCAAGGACACAGACAACAUUUGGGCGUAGCUUUCUGAAAGGAAGAACUGUUCUACGAGGUCAGCCAGACUGUAGGAAGCUGCCCAAGCUCUGCUCUUUUCUCUGCGCUCCUCCUGACGGUGUUGCGAGUGCCCUCCUUCCGCAUCUCAACACCAACAUCCCGAGACGGGCCGCCAGGACUGAGACGUCAUGAAACCUGAUGGGGUUGUCACAGCAACAAUGGAGCCGAUGGAGUUGCUGGACGCUGACCCUGUGAUAGAGGCGGUGCCGCCAGUGGGUGAAGGGGCAGACCAGGUGUCCCCUCCUUCGAUGGAGUCACAGGAGACGGGACAGGGUGAGCCACAGCCUGCCGAGACGCCGGCCCCCGCCGCCAAGACAGACAAGAUCGACAAACCGGCGGAUCCCAAAGCCAAGACGAAGGGCCCGGCCAAGCCGAAGACAACAGGAACUGCAGGGACAAAGCCUGCCUCUAGGCCUGGCACUGCCCAGAGUCGCCUGCAGAAUGGCACACAGAAACCUCAGACCAACGGAGUGACCAAGAAACCCACCAUGGGCACCGCAGACAAGAAGACCACGUCUACCACUGGCCCGGCCAAAAAGCCCGCUGGCACUACGGGGGCACUGGCCUCACGGUCACCCACUAAGCCGGCUGAGCGGAAAUCCACCGGAGCCACCCGUCCCACCUCUGCUCCUAAUGCCGUCAAUGGAGCAAAGACAGGGACAGCUCAGCCGCUUAGAAAGACCCCAUCUGCAACGAGCAGUGAAGCGAAAACCAAACCAAAAACCACAGCCCCAGCCUCCAGACCCACCUCUGCAGCUCCCAAGCCUAGUACAGCUGCCUCCACCAAAUCUGAUAGGCCGCCAGUUUCCAAGACAACAAGGCCUGUCAGUGGUCCUCCAAGCUCUAGGCCCUCUUCUGCGGCACCCAAGACAGCCACAUCCAAGACGACAACGCCAACCAAGCCAGCCACACCGAGGACAGCCACAACAGCUAGCAAACCGGCCACACCUAAAACAGGCUCCACAACGCCCUCUGCUGGACGCACUCCAACGCCAGCCUCAAAGACCACAACUCCUGUAAAGAAAGAUGUCAGCAAGCCAAGUACUCCAGCAGCCAAGAAACCGGCAGCCUCCCCUCUCACUCGGCCUUCCCCAGCCAAGACCACCAAGCCAGACACCCCCAAGUCAACCCCCGCAGCAAAGCCAGACUCUACCAAGAAGCCUGCUGCCAGCAGUAGAACAGCAGAUGCCAAGACGCCCAGCAAGCCCAAGGAGGCCAAAUCAACACCAUCAAAAGAAGCUACUACCACCUCUAAAACGCCUGGCGCUAGGCCCGGUACGGCCAAGUCGGCCAGUCCCAAAAAGGCAGUGGGCAGCAAUACGCCAACGCCAGUGAAGCGUGGCCCAAAGCCAACGGUGGCUGCCCAGCCAGAACCCAAGGAGGAGGAGAAGCAGGAUGCCACUCCUGCAGUGGCUGCUGUUGCUGCUGUCGCCGCUGCUGGUGCUGCGGCAGCUCUGGCCAGCGUCACUGUUUCAGAGCCUGAAGUUGCUGUGGAGCCCGUACCGGCACCCGUACCUGCACCCGUACCUGCACUCGUACCCGCACCCGUGGAAGAGCCUGUGGCUAAAUCACCUGAACCUGAAGUGCCCCAGUUGGCGGCCCAGUUAGACCUGGUUCACCUGGAGGAUACCGUGACCUCCCCAUCUCCCCUGGGCACCACAGUGAUGUCCCCACCUACUUCACCUGUGGGUUCCCCAACCAUGCCCAUGGAGUGCCAGGGCUCUGCUGCUCCCAUGCUGGACAUGCAUGAUCAGGACGAGCCCUGGGCUCACAAUCAGGCCAUGCCAGCUUCCUAUGAUGCCAUGCCAGAGGAUUUUGUUGAAGAGGAGGUGAAAGUUCAGGAUGAUUUUCACGUUUCCAUGCCUGAGGCUAAGACAGAAACGACACUCACCCUGGAAGCUAAACCUGAUCUGUUCGCUCCAGAUCACUUCUCCGGAGCUUCCCCGGCAGAUCACCUCUCCGGAGCUUUCCCGGCAGAUCACCUCUCCAGCACUUCCCCGGCAGAUCACCUCUCCGGAGCUUCCCCGGCAGAUCACCUCUCCGGAGCUUUCCCAGCAGAUCACCUCUCCGGAGCUUUCCCAGCAGAUCACCUCUCCGGAGCUUCCCCGGCAGAUCACCUCUCCGGAGCUUUCCCAGCAGAUCACCUCUCCGGAGCUUCCCCUAGCUCACCUUUCCAGGAGCGAGAGGAAGCGGUGGAGAAGGCAGAUGAGGAAAUCAAUGAGGAUGUGGAUGAUUAUGAGGAAGAGAAUGAGGACCAAGAAACAAAGGAAUUCAUCAAGUUGCCAGAGACCAUGGCAGUGACAAGUGCUGCUCCACACAUGGACGAGCUCCUGUCUGGAGCUGCAGAUUUUGGCAGCUCUGAUUGGCAAGGACAUGGCUUUGGAGAUAUGAGCAGCCAACAGGCAAGCGCUAUGAUUGAAGGAAUGACCAACCUGUUAGAAGACAACCAGAUGUCCACCAGUGAUAUGGAUGAAUUUGGCUUGAAAGUGGAGAAGAAAGAGGAACCAUUCAUGACCUCUCCAAGCGUCAAAACGUUUUAUGCUGAUGAAGAGGAGGAAGAGGAGAAGAUUGUAGACAUGGAUGUUGGUUCAGAACAUGCUGAGAAACAGCACAAGGUUGGAGGAGAGGAGGAGGAGGAGGAGGAAGAGGACGAAGAUGUAGAAAUGGUCAGCGAGGGCAUGACGGAGAGCGGAUUGGAGAGCUGUGGAAACGUUGAAGCAGAUGAUUUCACAGAGGAUGUCCGCGGGGAAAACCUGAACUGCACAGCCCCGCAGCCCCCCAUCCCUCCAUCGACCGCGUGGGGUCAGACCAAUCCAUUCGGAGACCCCUGGGCUCAGCCACCCUCCAGCCUCUUCACGUCCAGCACCUCUCCUGACCCUGUAGCGGCUCAACCCGAGACCCCCACCAAGUCCCCUGCCCAGGCGUGGCUGGAGUUUAGCAGUCCCGCUCAGGCUCCCCACAGCGAUGAGCCCAUGCUGCGGAUGCCCGAAGAGCCGUCUGCCCCAGCUCUGGAGGAGAUGGAAGGCUCCAUGCCCGAGGACUUGGCCCCUCCAGCCGCCCCGGCUGUGGGCAUGUCUCAGUCCAGCACACUGAGCGGCACAGCACUGGCCGCUCACAGCAGCAGCGAGACCAGCACGCCCGAGGAGCUCCGCGAUUACGACAGCAGCUCUGGCGUGGAGUCGCGCUCAGACAAGCAGCAGACCCCCGUGCCCAUGGUCCAGCCCGACCUGGAGCAGGAUCUUGGCAUCCACCUGGAGCGAGGCGAUGGGGAGGAGGAGGAGGCCGAGACCCUCCCAGCCGACGAGGUCCUCGGAGGCCCGCCCACUGCGCCGGCGUCAGCUCCCUCUUCGGCAUCCACCUCUGGCGACGAGGCCAGCGACACGGAGGGUGAAAUGCAAAUCAACGACCCCGACGCCCCGGCCGAAGAUGACCACAUGGUAGCUUUUGACAGCCCACCACCGACCCGCAACCUCCCCAUGCUGGCUGAGGACGAAGAGGCCACAGAGGCCCAGACAGGAGACGGCGCCGAGGAAGAUGGAGGCACACCUCAGUCCGCCAACUCGGUGGCGUCCUACGGCUUCGACUGCACCUCCAACUCCAACGCCCACUCCACAGCCGAAAGCUGCGGCAAGAGCCCUGGCAUCUUCUCCCUGGAGAACGAGGACCAGAUGACGGAGGAAGCCAAGGACCCCUCGCUCAUCAAGGAGCUGACCCUACCCUCGUCAGCAGCCGCCCAGGCAGAGGACCUACUGGGUGGACCCGUGGACCUGCUUCCCCUGGGCCAGCCCGGAGAGUCGCACGUCGACCUGAACGAGCAUCAGUACAUGCUCUGCGGCAAGACGGGCGCCGAUCUCCACCCGGAGGCCGACCCCUUGGAGGCCGACGCGCGCCACUCGUCCUCGCCGCUCCCAGGGGACGGCUCCGACGGCCAGCCGCCCUAUUAUUCCACCAUUUGCGAUAAGACUGAUAACUUUCUGGCAGGUAAUGUAUAAGCCCCUCCUCACCUGGAAUGCACCUUCUUCCCACCCCCACUUCCCUCCCCCGUGUUUGUGCUUUCUCAUGUUGGGGUAGAUCUCUUAGAGGAAAAGAGGAAAAGAAAAAAAAACGGAGGGCAAAUGAUAGGAGGAAAAAAGGAGGAAGAGAAAGAAGGAUGGGGUGGAAAAAAGGAGGAAGAGAAAGAAGGAUGGGGUGGAAAAAAACUGUAGAUAACUCAGAGCUGCCUCCUCCUUUCACACUACUAUUGUGGUCAUGGUUAUGCGUGUAUGGCUUACAUGUCUGUAUGUACUAUAGCUCCUAUCAUUUUCUAUUAGAAUGUACUUUUUAAAGUAACACUGCAUACCACCCUGAAUUUGCAUUGAUUGACUGAUUGAUUGUGUUGACACUCUUUUAAAGACAAAGAGGAACAAAAAAAUCUACAAAUGGGAUGGACUCUACCAACCAACCUUUGUAUUUAUCCUACUGUUUUUACCGAACAAAUGUUUUUUUUUUUUUUUUUUUGUACCUGUUUGUUUCUAUUUUUGUUGUUGCAAAACUCCUGUCUUACCUUCCCUCUGUGCACACGCCACAUCUCUUGCACUAUAGAAUUUAGCCUUACCCUCCCUCUUAAGUUAGCUCCUUUUACAAGCUCUAACUCUUCUAGCAGUGAUUUUACAAUUAGAUAUUUAACACUCAGCUUCUAUCCUUGACGGUUUUUAUUUUUAUUUUUAUGAUAAUUAUAGAGGGAGGUCUUGUGGAUUGUUAGGAGAAACAUUUUUUUUUUCUUAUCUUGGCCAUUAUACAGGAGUACUGCUUUGUGAAGGAUAGUUUACGAUUACAGGUAAUGUUUCAUAUCGCAUCUGUUUUAAGGUAUUUGGUUCAGAGUGGCUUCUCUUUGUACCUAAGUUAAAAAGAAGAAAAAAAUAACAAAAACGAACAAACAAAAAAAAAGAACACCUGAUUUGGAUUUGUGAAAAUGUCUCCCCACUUCAUUUAUAUAUUUAAAGAUUAAAUAGUACUCCAAGCUCAGAGAUGUUCAGUGGUGUAAGAUUUUUGAAGGAGUAAUUUGCAUGUACAACUAACGAAAAACAAUUGUAAUUCUUUGGUUCAGACCAAAUGCGUUCAUCUAGGGGAUGUUCAUUAAAUGAAUGGUUCACACUAACAGAAGGGUUUUCAAAAUUUCAUUAAACAUCAUUGCAAGGCUA